AUGGCGUUUUGGUCCGAAUUUACUUUCAUCGUUGCUGUCAUUUUACCUAUCAAGGCUGCAUUUAACUCAGGGUUUUGCCCAUCUAAGCUCUUUGUCCAAUGCCAUUCACGACUCAUUGUCCAAUGCUCUUGCCCGCCAGAGUGGCAAUUGUGGGAGAACAAGUGUUAUCGCCUCAGUUCUUCAACGCACACCUGGGAUGGCGCCAAGACAGCUUGCCAAGACAUGGGAGGCAGGAUGGCCGCUCCUCGCUCGCUGGAGGAAAUGAACUUCAUGUCAACAUUGGCACGACAGGUGGACAGUGAUUACUCUGUAUAUAUUGCUUGCAAUGACAAAGAAGUUGAAGGAACUUGGGAGUGUGAUGCGAUUACUGCUCAAUUGAGGUCAGGUUCCUGCCACUCUCGGCUCACUGUCCAAUGCUCUUGCCCGCCAGAGUGGUCAUUGUGGGGAAACGAGUGUUAUCGCCUCACUCCUUCACUGCAUAAUUGGGAUGACGCCAAGACAGCUUGCCAAGACAUGGGAGGCAAGAUGGCCGCUCCUUGCUCGCUCGAGGAAAUGAAUUUCAUGGUGGAAUUGGCGCGAAAUGUGGACAGCGACUACUACGCCUGGAUUGCUUGCAAUGACAAAGAAGAAGAAGGGAUAUGGGAGUGUGACGGUCAGGAAGGAAGCGAGCCCUUCUUGGUAUGGGAUGAUGGAGAACCAAACAAUAAUAAAGGCAAUCAAGAUUGUGUUCGGAUGGCUUCAUAUCUCCAGGAGAGAAUGGAUGACGGAUUUUGCUAUGCCUCUUACUUGGCUUUUUGCGUUCGUCGAGCUGCCUGCACUCACAGCCUAAUCCAACUCCGUCACUAA